CUUUUUCCCCUUAUCUGCAUGAAAUUUCUUUUCUGGAAUGCUCUGCAGUUUAUGCCAUGGAAAUAAACCCUCCCUGUGGAGAUAAUAUGUAUGAUGAGGAUGGAAAGAAACUCCCUCCCUGCAUCCCUGGUGCUUGGCUCACUCCAGCCAUCAUGGCCUGCUAUUUGCUAGUGGCUAACAUCCUUCUUGUCAACUUGCUUAUUGCUGUUUUCAAUAACACCUUCUUUGAGGUGAAGUCCAUUUCAAACCAGGUGUGGAAGUUUCAGCGGUAUCAGCUGAUCAUGACUUUCCAUGAGAGGCCGGUGCUUCCUCCUCCUCUAAUCAUCUUCAGUCACAUUUAUAUUUUAAUCAGACGAAUCUGCUGCCGCUGUAGCAGGAAAAAAGAGGGGGAGUUGGAUGAGAAGGACAAAGGAUUGAAGCUUAUCCUUAAUUCAGAGGAGCUGAGGUGUCUGUAUGAAUUUGAGGAGCAGUGUGUGGAAGAGUACUUUAGAGAGAAAGAAGAUGAACAGCAAUCCUCAAAUGAUGAAAGGAUAAGGGUUACAUCUGAAAGGGUGGAAAACAUGUCCAUGCACUUGGAGGAGGUCAAUGAAAGAGAGAACAAUAUGAAGGCUUCUUUGCAGACAGUGGAUCUGAGGCUGGCCCAGUUGGAGGACAUCUAUUCUCGCAUGAUGACGGCCCUGGAGAAAUUGGCAGGAAUCGACCAUACUGAACUUAAAAGGACACACUCACAGAAAGCCUCUGUUAAUGGCCUUUCAUCUCUCCUCCGCACUGGCAGCUUUAACAGCAACGACGGAUACAGCCUUUAUUGCUACCAUAUGGAUGAAUGUCCAGCCCCCGAGGAGAAAGAUGGGACCAAGUCAAGCCAACUGACAGUGGCAAAUAUAAAGAAUCCAUCAAACAGUACAACUCUCAAUCCAGAUGAUUAUGGGCUGAAUUUGGAGGUGGACAUUCCAGUAGUAAGAAUCUGUCCAAACUCAUGUGGGGACCCUGGUAUUCCAACUUCUGAGAGGACAGAGGAAUCUAUAGAUCAGGGUGAAGCCACAGCAUGUAAAGUUUCGUCAUCUUCAGUUCAAAGAUCUAAGAGCACCACUUUGUUCAGGUCAACUGUCAAGGAAUGUUUCAUGCAAAGAGCUAAAGACCCCAGUUGUCUUCAAAAGGAGAUUGUCAGAUCUUCAACUAUGCGGCGGUGGAGUGCAGGCUCUGAAUAUAAAGAACAGCCUAAUCUUUUUUGCCGACCUCCUCCAGACAUCCACAUUGUUAAACACACAAAGACAAAUGAAGCAAGUGAAUCUGGGGGUCAGCUGAGACUUCCAAACAAUCUCAGCACUGAGAUGAGAGCUCAAGAAGAAGAAGAAGCCCUGAAAGAAAUGAAAGAUAUUACACAAGAACACAGAAAACAGAAUGGUUCAGAGGAAAGCCUAAAUAUGGGAAGUAAUAGAGAAGAAAGAGACAGAGACCCAACAAAGAAAGAUGAAAUAUGGGGAAAGACAGUUGACAAUGAAAAGAUGAAAAUGCAUGAAGAUAUUCCUGACUCUUUUCAUCUUCUGGUACCUGAAGAGAGAAUGUUUCCACCAGGAAGAUCCAAGAGCUGGAACACAAAAUGCAGAAAAGCCUUGAGGGAAAGUACAGACAAGCCCAGAGGCUCCAGCAGCGAGAGCAGCCUUUCAUGUGGAAGUUUCACUGAGAGGUCAGGAGAAAAAUUGGUGAAAGUAUCAAGGAAGGAAGAGUAAGUGAAAAAGAUUGAUCUGUGGUCUGGAGAUGAGUCAGCUAAUUAGGAGUAAGGACGAUAAGAGAUUGCUCUUUAAUUUAAACAAUUUAAAUGUAAAUCUGUUUAUUCAUCUUCACUAUCUUAUUAACAUAAGAAACCUUGUGAAUUUGAGAAUACACACUGGGCAAGAUGGCAUUUCAUCACAGGGAAUUAAAAACUUAUUGUAUAACAAUAAAAU